GCAUAAAAACUGGGAAGACUGAAAAACACCUAUCUGACACUCUGACGAAUUACUAGUGAUUGUAUUUUCUCUUGCAAAAUGUUUCUUGACCUUGUUAUUGGUGUGAAUCCAACCUUUUGGCCAUUUGUAAUCGUCUUAAACAACCAAUGUAACAACCAUGUUAAACGUUAGCUGUACACUGGCUAGUGCAACAAGUGCAGUGACCCUCUCUGUGGUCCUGUGCUUGUGUGUUUGUGCUCAGCUCAACCUCUGCAUGUACAGUAAAACACUCCUUAAUUAAACAAAUGAGAUAUAAUGGGUUAAUUAGUGAGCUUUAGUGGAUUUGCUGCCUUUGAACGGAGACUAAGCUAAGCUAACCAGCUAGCUUUACAUGGAUUUACAUUUAAUAGACAGCAGUGGCGUCUCCCUAUUUAAGAAGCAACAAAGGAAACAAGCAUGUUUCCCGCAGCAGUUAAUUUUAAAGCACAUUACACGUUUGCCAUUAUAAGAGGUCAAAACAUUUAGCCUAGAUGAGAAUAAUAUCUCCCUUGUCUCAAGACUUAGCCCAAUUUUAAGCCUCUUAUGUGCAGUACUAUUGUGUAUCAUUAAUCCUAAGUAUGAAUAAAUUAUGCAAGAAACAGCACUUACAACUUAAACCUCUUUAUAACUAGUUUUAAUUAUAAUAUUGCACUUGUUGUAAAAAAUUCCCACUGUUUUAGUGUGAACAUCUGUAUUCACAGUAGCCUAACCAUGCAUUAUGCUACCCUAAUAAUAACAUUAAAUCUGCAGAUGCUUUUAAUGUACAAAAUAAGUAUCGGGGCGCAGUCAGUGGCUGAUUGACAGUGAAUGUGAAUGUCAUGAAUGCAGCACAUUCUCUUGAUGCUUUCAAAUGCCUGCUAAUGCAUUGUUUACACACUAUUACCAGGCGUCUUCUAUAUGGUAUCUAAUAAGUUGGUAAUAUAUUUUAACAUAUAUUUACAGCUACAGUAUAAUAAAUGGAUGGAAAAGUACUGUCAAUGUAUUCAGUAGACAUGCUAAUAUGUUAAAUAGUCAUGAUUUGGAAAUUGUGACGUCAUUCAUUUGAUUGUGUGUCUUGUGUUUAAAUACAUAAGUUUGAAAAGAAUUGAAAGAAUCCAUUUUAAUUGUUGUUUAAGGUUAUUUUUUGUCACUCUGCCACUCAAACAAAAAUUAAAACCUCGCCAAAAUAAUUCAGAUAAAUUCAAUUUAAUGUGACAGCAGACAUAACAGUGACGCACACAGACGGCUGUGGUCUUACAUAGGUCGCAACAUUUAUUAAACUAAAGUUUAGGGCCCUUUGACGUGUUAUGGGUUUCAUCAGGUUUCCUAAUAUAAAAGCUCAGGACUCCCACCUGCACACCUGAGCCGAACCAACCUGUCACAGCUUGCUAGCGUGACCUUCUGUUCAUCUGUCUCUCAAAAGACCUUAUAUGAUGCUUCUCUUGACGUGACACUGGUGCUGCUUUCACCCCAGAAGCAGAUGAGACACACUUGCAAACACCCAUACAGAUACAGACGCAUACUCACACAGAUCAGAGGAGACAGCAAGGAGCGCUGACAGACAAGGUUAAGACAGGUAAAUUAAAAUAAGUGAAAGCAGUUUGACUCUUAAAGCAGUGGGAGUUUAAUAAGGAGAAGAAGAAAUGAAUAAACAGAAGAAGGAAUUAAUGUUUCCUCUAUGAGGGUUGUCAGUAUUGUAUUUUCUGUGAUCUGAAAGUAGAGGAGAAGCUUAAGUUUCUCUGAGAUGUUGCAUAAUUGCCUACAAAGACUGUCAGUUAAUGUCAAAGCCAAGACAAAGAAGAACCAUUUGAGGAUAUGCUUCUAUGAAGUUUGUUAGCCAUCAGCAGAAAUCUUUCUGUAAAACUAUUGUUAACUUAAAUGUCACCUAAUGUAAGUCAAUUGUUAUUAUAAUGAAGCACAGCUAUACAAGCAACAAUCAGACUUAAACUCGCUAAUCCAGUGCCUUGGUUUAUUUAAUCGAUGACAAACCACAAUCCUCUGCAAUGGCGCUCAAAUCACCUUCAGUUUGCAGCUAAACCGGGAGCUGCCGUGCCCUAUCUAAGUAAUAGUAGUGCUUGCUUACCACAAGUCACCAUUGCACAAUAGUGUAGUCAAAAGCAGCAAUUUAGAUGUCAGAGUUGCAUGUAAAAAUGGCGUUUAUAGCCAAAGAAAGCACAAAGCUGCAAUGGGAUUUGGCCUGUUUGCAUGCAACUGCCUGACAGAGACGACGCACAGAGCCUGCUUGUCACCGUUUCCUUGUGCGCCCAUACACACUGUAAAUUUGAAAAGUGUCAUUCAGAGCAGCCGAAAAUUACGAGCCUUUUCAUCUCUACAAAUCCCGGGAGAGAACUUAUUGUACAAACCAGGAGGCUGAUGAGAGGAGGAGAAAACAAAUUUGCAUUUAAACAGCUUGCUCUCUGAAGGAGUCGGUCUCCACAGAGCCGAUUUCUGAUAACGCCAGCUCUUCAUUAAAUUAUUUUCUGCAGCGGUUACCUUAAAGGUGCUGCAUUGAUACAUCAUUGUUAAAUUAAUUGCAGGUAUUUUUUUAAUUUGUCUAAUUAGCCAACAUAACUGGGACUGUAUUAGGCUGAUUGUUAGCCAUCUUUCUAAUAGCACUGAUAUUAUUAGUGGUGAUGCUAACAUAAAUGAAUGGUCACAUUUCCCCUGAACUCUAUUAGCCCUGUCACUUAACCAUUUUUCUCCCCCUGAGUUUGAAGAACGGUGCCCUCGUCCUCUUCCUCUUUUGUGAUGUACAGAAAUUCAGCAGAUUUCCUCCAAUAUCUGACCUGGUUGUCAGAGCUUUUUUAAUUAUAGAUCAUGAUGUAAAUAUUUAAUGAACAGAACACUGGAUGAGACUGUUAUAACCCCAAGCACAGACUAAUCCUCUGUAUGUGCAGUAAGAAAGAAGCCGCAAAUAAGCAAAGAUGUCACUGGGAAAAUGUCUCCCAACUGCAUACUUGUUAGCUGACUAUUUUUUAUCCCGUGUCUCACCUUAGAUGUAAAAUGAUAAGGCUGGUGGUGUUAUAUAUAGUUCUUACUGUUAAAAAAAAUAUGUUCAUCAGUCUUUAAACAAUGAAUUAAAGAUUUAGGCCUUUUUUUUUUUUUUUUAAAAGGAUAUCUAGUAGAAAAAUUCAAGCAGGACUAAGUGCAUUUGUUGGGGACUAUUUUCACCGGUGUAUUAAUAAAUACUUUUGACAAAAAUGGUUAUUUCUACAGAAGCAGUCUAUGUGUAAUUGGCUUUAAAAAAUAAAAAAAGCUCCCAUGCCUGCUUUCAUGGAGAUAAAGCAACAUGCCACAUAGUGCAGCAACAGACUUGUUUACAGGAAGAAGAAUGCAAAUUCAAACAGUGAUUUACAGUAACGCCCUUUUACACCCAUCAAACCUCUCCAGUGUGGAUUGCGCUGCAGAGUUUUCUCAGAAUUAAUAUCUCUGAUUCGCUUAAACUGCAUUGCAUUUCCAUCAAGCUUUCAAUCAAGCAGAGGGGGACUUCAUGUAGUGGUGUGCUAUUUGCCACUUGUUAUAUUUUCCCUGAGUUUAUCUACUGAGCUUCUUUUUCUAUAUGUCUAAAGGCUCUUUGACUCUUGCUGGCAAGGAUGCGUGCUGUUUCAAAAGCUCUAAGGUAUCCCUAAAGACACCGAUUUGUCUGCAUGUGUCUCCUAAUCCACUGUCUGACAGGCAUAUUUAGUUUGGGAUUCAUCCACUGCCUCAAAGGAAGUUCUUUGGGUUCAAAGUUUAGGCCUGCAUAGGUUAUCAUGAGAAGCUGUGAAGCAGGAACAUUUUUGAGUUGCUGUUUAAUGCUCUCAAAAAUAUAAGCCACACUAAAAGUCAAUUUCUGUCCCUAGAGGAACAAUUCACAUGAAUGUUCCCCCUUGACUGGACCUAAAGGUAACUAUAUGUACCUUUCUAAGGGCCAAACAAGACUAAGAAAUGCUUUACAAAUGCCAGUCCUGUUCUGAAUAAAUCAAAAAGCUAAACUAAUGGAAGCCCAUGUACAUCAUUAUGAAAUAAGAGAAUAAAAUAGAAAAAUGUCACUUGAAGCCCAAAUAUUUCUCUGUAAAGUAAAAACCAUACAAAUAACUACACCCUGUCCAGGGUACAACCCAGCAGGUAUGACCCCAGUGACCUGUAAAAGUACAAUAUAGUACAGGAGCAAAUGCUGCUUAGGAAUGUUCCACAUCUUCGUAUGGAAAUGUACUGAUUGGCUGUAAUUCACUUUGGUGCAGACUGAAAGAGCACCAACAAUAUUGCAUCCAGUGAAUUCAUGAUCACACAGUCUUGCUUCCCAGUGGAUGAGUGAUCCCAUGACUUUAUCUGUAAGCAUCACCAGGAAGCCCAAGUUUUCUCUUCAGAGCUGUACACUUUCUAAACACCUGCUGGAUGGAUCAGCAAACUUUUUCUCAGGCAUGCACGGAUCCUAGAUGACUAAUCUCUACCAAGGUGAUGCCCUGGCUUUUUCCUUUAGUGCCACCAUUAGCGGUGAGAUGUUUUAGUUCCUUUAACGUUUUAUCUAGUGCCAUUAUCGGGUCAAAAACUUAAAAGCCCACCCCCUGCCUUUUUAAUCAAGCAGACACUAUUUGACCUCUCAACUUUGUGAGAGUGCUUUAGACAUCUGCUCCACUCACACAAGUCAGACACCUACGUAUAUGUGCAAGCUGUUUCCUUGAAAACGCCGUUAUACCUGAUGAAGUGCUCUCUUUGCGCGCACGCAUCCCCUGAGGAGGACUGAAAGUUUUCAUUCCUGCCUGCGAUCAUGACAAUUUGGUCAUGACUCUGUGCUCCACACUCUCUCACUUGUGCCCCAUCCCUCAUCUCCCCUCUUAGCAUCCUGUUACACAAAAACCUCUUAACGCAUCCUCUGCGCAACUUAAAAAAGCAGCACUGCUGAAGAAUACUGAUUUUGACAGAUUAUAUGGCUGCGGGCUGGUAUACAAAAGGAUUAUGAAUGGGAGGUAAAUGAAGCACUUGGUGAUACAGAUUCAUUUGAAGUGCUAUUUGGGUUUUCUUAUUAAGUGGGUUCCUUGGAGAUUGGGCUCUUCUUUGGCUGACGUGUCGCGACAUUCACAUUUAGGGCUUUUGUUCACGUCGAGAGUCACAGUCUCUCAUUCCAUCUGAGGGAAUGAACGGCAAAAUGAAAUUAGUGGACUGAUUCAGUCAAACGGCGCUCAUGCACAUGUGAGUCGGUUUGAGGUCUUUUUAUUCCAGAUCAGCCGAGGGCGCCGUCACAGGAGCUUCUUUUGCUGAGGAGGCCUUCUAUAGAGGAAUCAUUUGAAGUUCGCCCACAGUGUUGCAUUACUGCCACUCUUUUGUGACUUCAAAUGGGAUUAUUGAUCUCAUUAUGUAGAAGAAUCACUACUUGAUUGUGAAAUUGUUUACCUUCUUCCUCCACAGAGGAGCUGACGUGUGUAUCAGCCUGUCUGUGUGACAGUGUGUGUUUGAAUGCAGCUGUGUGUGUGUGUGUGUGUGUGUGUGUGUGUGUAGGUGUGUGUGUGUGUGUGUGUGUGUGUGUGUGUGUGUGUGCAAUAAAAAUAUUGUUACAUUAAUAACAAGUCAAGAUAAUCCAAGCAUAUUUCCAAUAGGAAAAUUGUCCAUUAGAUGCUUAACUGUGCACUUGCUGUGGACCUUUUAGAAUUUAAUUAUCCUGGAGCAAUAAUUAUGUUAUGCUCCUUCAUAGAAAUAACUUGUCUUAAUUGGUUUGGAUUCUAAAAUGCCAGCGUACUAUCAGCAGGGUUGGCUAAAGUCUGGAAAAACCAUCCCUAAACCUGCUUGUUCUCAUUUGAAACCAGGUUUAUUAACGCACUCUGUUUCUACUUUCCAUUGUUCUUUUGCAUCUAUUAAACUAAUGGGAAGAGCUUCAAAUACUCAAUAUAAAAAAACACUCGCGCUAAUGACAGCAUCAGCGGUGACGUUCACGCGAAGAAAGGCAAAGAUAGCGCUGCUCUGACGCGCUUUUCUGCAGCGAGUCUGGCGCACACAUAUAAACCGCCGCGCGCACCAAGCGCUCAGAAGAGAAAAAGAGACGCCACAGGACAACGCGCAGAUCUCGCUCUAACCCUUGGGGAAAAUGCAUCCUAACUUGGUAAGCUGGCUGGGGACUCUGGGGUUCCUGCUGUGGGCGCUGGUCUGCUUGGGCGCCUUGACGGAGGCAUACCCAGUGAAACCAGAGAACCCCGGGGAGGACGCCCCCGCGGAGGAGCUGGCCAAGUACUACUCAGCCCUGAGACAUUACAUCAACCUCAUUACAAGACAGAGGUAUGGGAAGAGAUCCAGUCCUGAGAUUCUGGAUACACUGGUCUCAGAGCUGCUGCUGAAGGAAAGCACAGACACGCUUCCACAGUCAAGAUAUGACCCAUCAAUGUGGUGAUGCUGCCAUCACUCUCGUCUCGCUCACUGCUGUCCCGCCAGCGCUGACAUUCUGACCUCUACACGUCCGUCACUUACCUCCUACACCAAACGAACACCACGCCUCUGCCCUCCUUUCGCCUCCAUGAGCCGCAACGUAUAUAUCCAACCCCUCGUCCUUACGCAUCAGCCACACCCAACACUGCUUGAAGUCUGUGCCAUAAAACUGUAAAUACUUUAUUCUGAGUCGUCAUCUGUGCAACAUGAUCGUAAAGUGGAGGAGGGGGGGUCUGCUGAUUGUAUUGUAUAUUUGUGCUAUUAAAGAUUCACUGU